AUCCAACGGCCCAGAUCAACCAGCAGACAGCAACCGUUAAUCCCAAACCAAACGUCCUCUCUGGCCGAUAGGCGACUGCUCUGCAACAAAAUCAAUCUCUUUGUCCAUUCUUCGAUCCUUCGAAACGUUUUCGAUUCUACGGAAAAAACCGAAACUGUUUAUUUUCUCUGUCAAAAAAUGUGUUACGGUCAUCAGCGAUCUCUCUCACCGAACCACCAUUUAGACCCCCCGUCUCGAAAUGACAACGCGUUGGUGGUGGAUAAUCUCCGAGUCCGGCUCGCCGAGACGGAAGCUCGACUCGAACGAGCCAGGGCUCGAGAGGCCGAACUCACCCGACGACUCGAAGAAAUGAAGCGAUUCGUUUCCGUCAUGGAGAUCCUCGAGUGUUACCUCAAACAACGGUUUCGCGAGCAACAAGAAUACGUUGCACGCAUCUUCUCUUCGCUUCCUGCUAAAUGAAAAAACGUUUUACCCUCGGUGAUUUUAACAAAAAGUAUCUCUUGUCAAUAUUUCCUUUUGGAAAUUUUUUGUGUGUUUUUUAUGUUUGAUAGAUAGAAAGAAUUACUUUUUAAAUGAUUCGAAAAUGUAAAAUAUUUCUGUUUCUUCUUGUUAGGGUUUGUGGAGUUUAAAAUUAGUUGGAAGUCAUGGAAAUCGAGUGAAUCACUAAUUUUUGCGUUAAAUUGUUUCAUUAGAUGUUUCGUUGUUUUUGUUUAAAUGGAGGGUUUACUAUAAAAUUAGUAAAUUUGGAAACUCUUUGGAGUUGCUUA